AUGAGAGACAUCGUGAUUGUGAACACUGAGAACAUGCCUAUGAUUUUAACCCUUUGGAAUGAGUUCGCUACAACUGAAGGUCAACAACUUGCAACUGGUAUCAACGCAGGAAACGUAAUCAUUGCAAUGCGUGUUCGGGUCACAACUUUCAAUGGAAUCUCACUCUCCACCAAAUCAACAAGUGAUCUUCUCAUAAAUCCACCGACACCCGAGGCAAAUGAGCUAAAGCAGUGGUACAUACAAAAUAGGCUGGAUAUUGACAAUCUCAUUAUAGCCAGAGCAUUUACAGACCCUGCUGCAUUGCUUCCAAGGCCACCUGCUGAAAACAUAAUGAGUAUUGAAACUUACUUGAAUCCUACUAACAAUGUCAAAGCUGCUUGGAUUCAAGGAAGUAUAACUUUGGGACUGGCCAACCAACCACUUUGGUUUGCCGCUUGCUCAAACUGCAAAAAAAAAUUCGACCUUGAAGUGGGCUCUGAUAUAAGGUGCAGCUCAUGCGACCAGCAGAGCCAAAUUGUGGCAAGAGCAAGAAUUCCAAUCUACAUUGAAGAUGAGACAGACACAAUUGCAGCAGUUGUUUAUGGGGAUGAUGCUGAGGAGCUAGCUGGGUGUACUGGUGCUGAAUUGAAAGAUGCUGAAGAAGAGGUUUAG